AUCGUCGCGUCGUGGAAGCUUGAAACGGUGGUUAUACAAAAGAAGACACCACCGCUGCUGCCCACCACCAGCCGAUCUGAUCGAUCAUUCAUCUCCUCGACGACGAAUGUUCGCGGCGGUUCAUCGGCCGGGAUUUACGGAGAAGAGAGAUCACCCAGCAACGCUCGUUCAUGUUGCCGGAAAGCAAGUUUCCCGUGACAGGGGGCACUAUGCAGACCGAGGAAGUCGUGCCUCGCGCACAAUCUACUGGCAUAGACGGUGGCCUUACAGACAGCACCUCUCUGGAGCAUCAUCUGCAUCACUCGACACAUAUAAAGUGUCCGUUGCCACCUCUGCUCCACAUGGCGGUCAAGCAGGAGCCACAGGAGGAGGAGGAACGAAGUCGUGACACGAAUCCGUUGAGUCCGCAAGUAGAUGCAGACACCUCCCCAACGUCUGUCGACGGCAAACACGGCCGUGGACGUGAAACUGGCCGCCAUCAGAUCCAGGUGCUGGAAGAAAACCCUGGCCACACUGUUUCGGACCUCAAUACCAGAGGGAGACCAAGUCGCGGUCGUCGAAAGUCGCGAUGGAAGCUCAAGUUCCAUCACCAAGCACUGCCCCCGGAGUACCUGGACCAUUACGAAGCCUCGCUUGCCCAAGAAGCCUUGAACUCGUCUCCGACGCACAUGAUCGAGCCGACGAUCCCGAGUCCCGCGCCUACCAGCUCGACCUCGACGCCCAGCCCGAUCGCAGACGUGCACGGCUGGUUGCAACGGAUCGCCGCGAUGCAACAGGAACUUUGCCCCCAGAUUCCGUCCCCUCAGUUGCCGACGAUGAACUCGAGUCAGCCAUCGGGCUCCAGGAGGUCCGUGAUCACAUCGACCUCCUCCCAUACGUUGAACACGCCCCACCACAAUCAUAAUCAGCCGCAAUCACAAGCGUCCGGUAGGCCGCCGAUGAAGUACUCGGACUUGCCAUAUAUGGGCGAGAUCACGUUGGACAACAGCAAGCCUAGGAGAGGUCGGAAACCGAAGAAGGCGGACAUUUGUCACUUAAUUUACAAGAAUUACGGCACCAUACUGCCCGGGACACCCGGCCACGAAGAGAAGAGGCUGUCCCCGCGAGACAGGCUCGACUGUCGCGAGAGGAUAUCACCCCAGAUCCCCUUUCAGAGGACCGACGUUCAGAAUAGAAUAAGUAGCUUAUUAGAGAAGAGACUCACCCAGGAAUCCCGACGAAGCUUCGGUCUGAUCGAGAGCUCGAAAGAGCAGGACGAACCCCUGAAUCUCUGCAUCAGGGAUCUGAAUCAGCUGAAGAUCAGGCUUUUACGGAAACACGGAAACGUGUACGAGUCCGGCCAAGUGAAAAGCGAGACUUCCAGCGACGGCGAGGAGGUCGAAUGUAUUGGUACAAUGUUCCCUACGGAACCCGGUUGCCGUCCGCUGGAUUCCAUCUGUCGCAGCGGCAGUAACGUGAACCACAAUAACAAUAUCAUCGAUCCUAUGCUAGGUGCGAAUCCUGGUUUCGUUUACUGGCCGAACGCUGGUGUGUUCAUCCAUCCGAUGGCGUUGCAGUCUCAGCUUCUCUACUACCAGAAGAUGGCCCAGAACGACAAGUGUUACCCAAGAACCACGGAGCAACCAGCGAAGGAGCAAAAGAUAGUCCCGAAGUCUUUGUAUUCCAUGAUGGAAACGAAGAGUCCGCCUCUGGUACCGCCUCCGGUUCCACCCUCGCCCCAGACGGCGCCGGUGCCGCCCCCGGUCUCACCCAGACCUAAAAGGAACGCGGCGGUCGGCCAGAGUCAGAGCCAGCCGACGAAACGGAAACGGUCCGCGAUCUUCAUACCGCCUAUGCCGACCGAGAACAAUAACAAUCCAGCGACGGAGGUCAGUAUAUGCAAGUUCAAGUUCACCGGCGGUGCGAAGCCCAGUCUGCAGGAGAAGAAGAGCCUGUCCGUGGAUUCUGGGGGUAACUUCAGGUAUUACAGCGGGACAGGUGACAAGAGUAUGAGAGGGUACGAGUUCUUCCCGCGGGAAGCGUUGCAACAGUCGGCUGGGCAAUCCGGCUCGUCAACAGGCGCUUUCCUGAAUGCAGCCGGCGAGAGGAUUCAGCCAGCUCCCUGCCAAAGGACCGUCAAUCCGGAGGAGGGUCGACGAAAACGGAAAACUCGAAAGUCCCUGCAAAGGGAAAAACUCGAGCAGACCUUUAAGGAAAAAGGUUUUCUCAUUCAAACGCAACAGCUCGAGUCCGCGGAGGGCGCCACCUACUGCAAGUUCCGGCAGCUACGGAAGUUCACCAGAUACCUGUUCAGAAGCUGGAAGGACUAUCUUCCGGGCAAUGUGCGCGAGUUAACAGGUGCGACGGACAGCGAAGCUGCGGACGGAGAUCUCGAGAGUGACACGAACCUGUUGCCCUCGCCGGUCCCACAUCCGAACAUGGUGGACGUGGUGCCAACGGGGUUCGUCGAUGAUCAUCGCGCUCUACCUCUGACGUGA